GUGAGUGAAAGGAGGUACAUAGGAAAGGUCUGGCCCUUGCCUCUGUAGUGACUCAUUAUGAGUCCUCUCGUUUUGAUACAGGUGUGGGAUAGCAUCUGGGGAUGGUCAGUGAGGCAAAGCAUGGCCACAUCUUUACAAGGCAGUUUUCCAUGAUGUACAGAAGUUCCACUCACUACCAACCAUAACGAAACCUAAAAGUCAAAAUGCUUGGUGGCCGUCGCAGUACUUUUGCGCAAGCGUCUGAAGACACGGUUUGUUACUCCUUUUGGUUUCCAUUAAGCCUUUGACAAUGUUCUGUGGUGAUUGAUCAGUGUGGGCCUCAAGUCAUAUGCGUCAUAACUAGGAAAUUUCUCUGGCAGCUGAAAUUUGGUGCUUGAGGGAGGGAGAUUAAGAGAUUUUUUAUGUCUUCUCUCGCCCCCUGUAACCCACCAUGCAGCAAUAGGAAUUCUGCAUUCUGAAGAGAGACCUCAAGCCCUGCCUCCAUGGGAAAGUGGACGUGUGGGAUCAACUUUGUAUUAUAAAAGCCCUUAGAUUGGGUAAAAGGAUAUUGGUCAUAGCAACAAACGGAUUCCCCACCUUAAAAUACUGUUAAUAUUUGCCUUGGUGGGGAAGUAUCAAUCAGUGCUUAUACACUUCAAGGUUAUCCAGCCAAAUCUAGAAUGGCAAAUCCUCAGUUUGCAUUUGUUGUCAGGUCCCUAGAGUUUCUGUUGGGAGUCUGUAGAUUCUUAGCAUUUGUUAGAUCUUUUUACAGCAUGCAAGCCCAAUUCAGGUGCUUGGCUCCGUGUAAAAGAGGUCACACAUGAUUCCAUCACCCCACCAUUGCAUGUUGAGAAGACCUGAAGUGAGACUCUUCCCACAUUCUGUUGCUUAGUUGGUUUUGUGCAAUGAUCAUCCGGAGUUCCCAUUUUAAGUGUGUUCUGCCUAUUACACAAAGACAUUUCAGAUCUUUUCACACAGUUCUGGUAAAACUGAUGGGAACGGGGGUAGCAACCUUUCAUGUUCUCAGAACACAGGCAAGGGUCUGUAGGACCUGUAGGAUGCAGUAGUCAUGGCAACUUCAUAUGAUUCAUCCUGUAACCAUGCUGCAUGUGGACUGGUCAUCUGGUUGCAUUUUCAUGGCAGCCCUUCAAAGGAUGAAAUGUACUUGCUUGUGCUUUGAGAGAUCAUCAGAAUAAACCCUUGGAAUCCCCUGAAGAUGGAAAUGCCCUGAUUUCCCUGGAAAUGCACUUUAAUUUUCAUAUGGUUCAUUUAUGCUGAAGAGAACAGCUGCAUCACAGGGAGAUUAUUGGCGGUGGGUGGGUGGGUGUGCGCGCGCGCAAACGACAAAAGCCUUCCAAUGUACCAAAUUCUAAAGGCAGCACUUAAGCUCAUCUGCUUUUUACAAGCACAAGGUCCCGGGUUCAUUCCCCAGGAAGGUUUGGGAAUGUCCCUUGUCUAACCCUGCUGGUCAGUGUAGAAAACAUUUAGCUAGAUGGACCAAAUGUUCUUACUCAAUACAGUGGUGCCCCGCAAGACGAAUGCCUCGCAAGACGAAAAACUCGCUAGACGAAAGGGUUUUGCGUUUUUUGAGUCGUUCCGCAAGACAAAUUUCCCUAUGGUCUUGCUUCGCAAGACGAAAUGUCUUGCGAGUUUGUUUCCUUUUUCUUAAAGCCGCUAAGCCGUUAAUAGCUGCUAAGCCGCUAAUAGCCGUGCUUCGUAAGACGAAAAAACCGCAAGACGAAGAGACUCGUGGAACGGAUUAAUUUCGUCUUGCGAGGCACCACUGUAUAAGGCUACUUCCAUGUUGCUUGACUCCCACAAGCAAACAAAAAGAGGCAUACACAAAGCAAGAGGAGAACUGAUCUCUGUGGCUGGGAAACCAAUUUGCAACUAUGGUCUGGGAUCCAAAGAGCUAAUUGAAGCACUCAGAGCAGUUGGUGGAUAUGAGCGAUUAGAUUUUAAUUCUUAUUUUGCAUUUUAACAGUAAACUACCAUGCCGUAUUGCAAAAAGCUUUUCAGAUUCAGUUUAUAAAGCAGUUUGCCAUAUUCUUUAAUGUUCAAGAAACAAGUCCACUCUCAUUAAUUUGAUCGCCUGGUACUCCACCUGCAAAUCUUGACGUUGGUAUAUUCACUGGGACACUAUCCUUUAUUGCCAUCCUUUUAUUCAAAACAGAUAAGCAGCUUCUUUUUUGCUGGAGGAAGACUGGCUUGUAUUCAUAGAAUCAGGAGUUGGAAGGGACCCCAAGAGUCACCUAGUCCAACCUCCUGGAAUGCAGGAAUUAAUUCAGGUUACUUUUACUCAGAUUAGGCCUGUUGAAAUUAAUUUAGGUCUGCUGAUUUCAAUGGGUCUACUCAGUAAACAAUUGAAAAUGACAAUAGUUUUUUUUAAUAGGAGUUGGCACUGGAUUUUGAAAUGGCUCUUUUAAAUGUCUUGUUUGCACACAUCACUUUUGUCCAGCCACUGUCGCUUUUAGUCAAACAAUGCAAAAACCUGCACAGCCUGUUCACCAGAAGGUUAAAAUCAGGAUAACGCUGGGAUCACAAGGGACUUCAAAAUUGGAUUGCUGUAAUGCACUCUGUGUGGGGGCUGCUAAAAGCGUUUUUUUGUUCAGGCAUGUAGACGUUUUAAUCUGUUUUUAGCUCAACUGUUACUGUACUUUAAUCUGUUUUUAGCUUUGUCUUUUAUUGACAAUUUUCAUGUUUGCUUUGUUCUUUGUAAACUGCUUACAGGCUCUAUUUACAAUCAAACAGUCUAUAAAUUAUCUUAAAUAAAUGUAAAUAUGUAAAAAAUUCCUCUCCCCCCCCCCCCAAAUAUUUCUUGGCAAUUAAUUUUUACUGCUUUUCUUUUCUUUUUAAAAUAUUUUUUAUUAGGAAUUUCAACAUAACAAUUUAUCAAAAACACAUCAUCCUCACCCCCCCAUUUUUCCCUCCCCCCAAAAGAACCCCCCCUCCUACCCCACCCCCAGACUUCCCUCAGCUCCUCUCUCUGGUUUUUCAUCAGAUGUUAUUCUCUGCAUAUUAUAAAAUUGUAAAGAACCUUAAUUUAUCUAUCUAUAUAUUACCAAGAAAAAGUUUGUGACUGUUUAUUCAAAACCUGCCAAGGAGUCCAGUUCAUUUUGUUGUUUCUUUAAGUACUUUGUAAAAGGUUCCCAUUCUUCUUUAAAGUCUAAUUGUUACUGCUUUUUAACUCUCUUCGAUAUUUUCUAAGUUCUCUGUUUUGAGCCACUUGCUGUUUCCAGGUUUUAUCUUUUCCCAUUUCUCCUCUUGCAUGUGAACACUCUAAUAUAGAGCCCUUGAAUUGUGAUGUCACAGAUACCUUUAUAACUGGUGCAAACCAACAGCAGUACUCAGUUUAUGUCCGAAAGAAGAUGGAAAUCCUAGCUCGCAGUAGGGGCGCAAGUAGAAUGAGUGGACAGUUUGGGGUAAAUCCUAUACACUCAUCUUUGGAUUUAUUUGUUUGUUCUUUUAUUCGAAGUAUUUGUACCCUAUCCUCAUUCAGUGGUCUCUAUGUGCCACACAAUAACCCCAAGAAUAAAAAUCAAACAUAAUAAAAUUAAUUACAAAUCACAAAUAAGAGAGCCUGGAACAGCAGAAAUAAAAUAUCACAAUGCACUUAGAAUUGUAGAGUUGGAAGGGACCCUGAGGACAGUUUAGUACAGCCCUCUGCAAUCCUGCCCACAAUCGCCCCUGGGCAGCCUUGAACCACCAACCUAGUUAACAUCCAGACACACUGACCCAUUAUGCCACAGAGAUUUCGUCCUUCCCCCAAAGCCUGGCUUUUAAUAAUCAUAAAAUCAUCAAAUUGUAUGACCCAUGGGUCAUCUAGUCCAAGCCUCUGCAAUGCAAGAACCGCAACUAAAGCAUCCAUGAUAGAUGGUUAUUCAGCAUCUGUAAUACCUCCAAGAAAGGAGAAAUAAUAAUCCUACAUUUAAAAUUGCAUAAUUAAGCAACAGCAAAUAUUUUGAAACAACGGACGUAAGCAAAAUAAAUAACUGCAAAAGCAAGUCAUGUGCAAAGCAACAAAAUCCAUUAAAAUUCAAGAUGAGCAUGUGGCAGAAUUGCAGUAUAGAGCUAGAAUAUCUCUACAAAAAUCCCAUAUAUAAUGCACUGAUCAAAAUCAUUCACGAACACAUUCUCACAACACAAAAGUUUUGGGCCAUAUCCUCUUCCCCUAACCAGGGCCGGUGCAGCCAUUUGGCAGGAUGAGGCUGCUGCCUCAGGUGGCAGAAGCCCCCAGUGCACCACCCCACCUGCCCGGCCAUCUAUUUCAGGCCAGAUCUCACAGAUCUCACAGAUCACAAGAACUUAACCUGCGAUCCUCUGCAUGCAAGGCAUGCCCUCUACUUUCUUUUCAUGUGUCUCGCAUGCAUACCUGAACUAUCAGCUCUUCUAAGCACCCCUUCCUAGGUGUGUGAACUUGCUUCUCUUAAUGUGAAAGUCGCACCUUCUAUUUUUAAAAAUGAUUUUUUUUAGUAAGGCUUGGAGAAAAACAAAAACAAAGGAAAAGCAAUACACAAUAUACUUCAAUAUCAAAUACCAAGCAUUUUUUAACAUUAAAAACUAAAAGAGAGAAAGUAAAAGAAAGAGAAGAAAAUACUUCCGAUUCUUCGUUUCAUCAGCUUUAUAGACUUAAGCAACACCCUUGUUCCAGAAUAGUUACCAACUCUUCUGCUUUCCAUAAACCAACCUUUUUUCAGUCUUCAAACCCAGAUAUCACAAGUUUGUUUUCCUUUCUGUGCAAAAAAUCCUUAAGGAGUUUCCAAUCAUUAAUAAAUGUCAACCAUGGUUUUUCUCUACUUAAACAUGUCAACUUCUCCAUCUCAGCCAAAUCCAUUAAUUUCAAUAACCAUUCUUCCAUAGUCAGUGCUUUUUUUCUAAAAAAAAUUAUGUUUUCCUGCUCAUAUUGAAACACUGCCCCUCGAUGAGGCCAAACUUAGAUUCACAAAAUGUUUAGGGGUAUGCGUACCCCUACGUACCCACCCCCCUGAAAAAAGCACUCUCCAUAGUAGAUAAUAGUGAGUCCUUCCAUCUUUGUGAAUAUGGCAAUCUUGCCGCUGUGUUCAUAUAUUGAAAUAAUAUUCCACAAUCAUUUUCUGUUUUUAUAUUCAUUAGUCCCAGCAGGAAGAGUUCUGGCUCCAGUUGAAUAUUAACCUUCAAAAUCUUCUGUAUCAAUGUGCGUAUUGGUAUCCAAUUUUUUUUUUUAAGCUUUUUUACACAUCCAUGAAAGUCACAUAUACCAUACAGCUUAUCCACACCAUGAGAGACAUGCAUGCACAUACUGCCCAUGUCUCCACUAGUGCCAUAAUUUUGGGUACACCUCGCUUUGGUUUCUCUUCCUUCCAUUAAUGGUUCUUGUUUGGAAAGCAACACUAUCUAUGCACAUGGUUGGGACCCCUUGGAUCAGGAUGUAUGUAUUUUAUUUUUGUGCUUUGUAGCAUAUAUGAAGAUUUAGGGUUUUGUCUGUGUUCGUAUGUAGGCAACAUAUAUACAGUACGUACAUCUAUGACCAACGGACAAAUGUAAAAAGUUGCACAUAAAAUCUGGAUUUCUUUGAAGGUUGCUGACAAAGACAAGGAUAAAGAAAUUGAUUUUGGAAGAGAUGCGUGGUGGAGGGAAUCCCUUAGGGUAUGUAUAAUGUUCAUUUAAUUGUGCUUAGCUGUGUGUCACCAAGGUGGAAACUGAAACACUGCGUGACCUGACAUGAUUGUGCAGAGUUUUAGAAGGCGCUGUGCAUUUUUCCAGCAAUUGCAAGCCCCAGUUCUUAAUCGGAGCAGAAUUCUGGAAUAUAUUCAUUUACCGUGAGCCUUCUGAUGUGGAAAUCUGAUGUGGAAAAGGGCACUCCAUCCUUUGCGUAACGCACAUGGGAACAAUGCUAAUAUAAAGUAUGCCCCCUUCAAACAACCACCCCCGUGUAAGAAUAUUUCGCAUGAAUUGACUUGGUUCAUGUGCAUCAUUAUCUUGUAUACUUUGGAAGCGAAUUUCAACCUUGUUUUUUUUACCCCUUCGGCCACUUCAAUCUGUGGAACUGCCACUCUUCCCGGGGCUGCAAAUACUUGCUCUGCAUUUCUGAGAAAUUGACCUUUUAGCGUGGCGGCACCUAAGCUUCAGAACUCCCUGCCUAUUUAUAUUAGACAGGUUCCCUUCUUUUGAGCCCCUGUAAAAAUAAGCAUUUUUGUUUAGGCAAGUAUUUCAGACAUGUAGAAUGUUGGCAUGCAUCUUAAUUUUUUAAAAAGUUUUUCGUGGGUUUAAAUUAUUUUUAAAAUAUCUUGAUUUGUUGACUGUUUUUUAAUCAAUAAUGAGAUUUAUUUGUUUUGUAAACUGCUUCGAAUGUUUUUUUUUAAUUAAAAAAAAAACCCCAUCAAGCAGUAAAUACAUUUUAUCAAAUAGACAACUUUUUACACUACAAAGUACAACCAGAGCCCUUAUUUUAUGUAGGGUGAGGGGUGGGGAGUCCAUGAUGGAGCAAACCACCACUUUUUAAAUCCUGCCAGCCUUAAAACAACCAGGGUGGAAGGUGUAGGAAGGGUGGGAAGAAAGAGAGGAAGAGAGAGAUUUUACUUCCCCUCAUCCUCAUUUUUGAAAUUUCCCCUUUUAUCAGUUUCAACUGGAGGAGGAAUAACACUGUAUGCAAUACACUCUCACAUCCUCACCACACAUUUAAAGCACAUUGCUUCCUCCAAAGAAUCCUGGGAACUGUCAUUUGCACCUUCCAGAACUACAAUUCCCAGCACCGUUGACAAAACUACAGUUCCCAGGUCAUUCCCCUCUGUUGGAGGAAAGAGCUGUGUAUGCUACACUAACUGUCCUCCCCCUGCCCCGCCAACAAGUGGAAAAUGCUGUCCCUUCAUCAGUGCUGUGGUAAGAGUCAACUGCCAUCCCAGUUGGCUUCUGCACAUGGAAAAGGAGCGGAGGCCAUCUUGUCUUUUACCUCAGGCAAAAAGGCUGGCCCUGCCUGGUUCAGACAGUGUGGUAUUAAAAUAGAGAUGCAGACAAGACAUUACUGUAACCGAAGCCAACUGAUUUUAAUGCGUUUACUCUAACACUGGAACUCCCCUAAAGGUUUUUGGCUGGCAUCUUUUAACGGUUAAUAACAAAAUAAAACAAAACUGCUAUUUAACCACAAGGAGAGUAUGUGUUUAUGCUUUAAAGAACACCAUUUAGAGGGGAAGAGAGGAAUGUACACUUGAAUGCCGUUCCUUGUCUGCUGCACUGAGCUUCUUAGAGGACAGGGAGGAUAAAACCUACAACCUAGAGCAAAUAAGUACGACAAAUCCCGAAAUCCUCAAGUUAAUUGCUAGCUGUGGGUCAGAUUUCAAGUUUCUUUCCUUCAGCCCACCCCAAUACCAGGCUGCUACCCAGUCCGGGAUUUUCUCGAGGAUGCUCAGCUGAACCCAGUGAAGCGGACGUACAAUUUUAAAGGGGAAGGCCGGAAGAGGAUCUCCAUCUUCCAACAGAUGACUGACAUGACCCUACCAAGCAGCUUCAAAUACAUCCCUCCUUCGUUUGUGGAGCUGGCUGAGAAAAAGCGCGUGACAUAUUCCUUCAGGAGCGUCUCGAGGGAGGCGCCCACGACUGCCUCCUAUAGAGAUAAGGUAAAAGUAAAGAAAUGGGCCCAUUCAUUAAAAAAAUAUUUGGGGGGGGCAUUCAUUUUAAUAACUAAGGAGGGGGGAAACCCAGCCAGGUGGGUGGGGUAUAAUAAUUAUAAUUAUAAUUAUUAUAAUAAUUAUAGUGGAAUCUCAGUUUUCGAGCGUCUUGGAAGCCAAAUGUUUCGGAAGCUGAACACCAAAAACCCGCAAGUAAUUGCUUCCAUUUUCGAAUGCACCUCAGAAGUCAAACGGUUUCCACUGCGUGUUUUUCUUUUUUUCUCAAUGGCUUUUGCCAGCUGCCCAUUGCUCAUUGGUUUUCAAACAUUUCGGAAGUCGAACGGUCUUCCGGAACAGAUUACGUUCAAAAACUGAGGUUCCACUGUAUUAUUAUUACUCAGCUUUAAAGGUUAAAUGUCUAGCUUUGCAAAUUUAGAUAAUGUCGCUAUAGAAAUACACUGCAUUUCAUCACCGCGCCCAAGUCCCCUGGGUGCCUGCUCAGUCUGUUAUCCGAAUGCUGUUGAUGGACAACUUCAGAACCCCUGCUCUCUCGCUCUCUUUUGGGGGGGGAGGGGGGGUCCCUGGUAUGCCCCGCAAAGGACCUGAAGGUCCAUGAAUAAUCACAGUUUUAGAGGUCAGAUUAUUAUUAAAGAAGUCAGAUUAUCCUCCACCAGGGCCAGGGCUUUCGCAGUGAUGGCUCCAAUCUGGUGUAAUGCUCUGUCCCAUGAGACCAGGGCCCUGCAGGAUUUAUUUUCCUUCCGCAGGGCCUGUAAAACAGAGCUAUUCCGCCUGGCUUUCAAUUUGAACUUAGCCUGAUCUUUUAUUCCCCUUCCUUCCCUCUCCCUCCCCUUUUUAUGAAGAUUACCCGCUCUGGGAUCCCACAGUUAAUUCUCCCCUGGCCUCCUCGCUGGCCCAAAUAGGACUAAUUUAGCCAGCUAGCCCAGGUGAUCAUCUAAUGUUUAUUGGAUGGAUUUCCCCCUAAAAAUUGAUUUUUGAAUUCUGAAUUUAUUGUUAUUCAUGUUUUAUGCUGUAUUUUAUGCUGUUUUUUGUUGCAUCAAUUAAGUGUUUUAAAUUUGUUGUUAGCCACCCUGAGCCUGGUUUUCUGAACCGGGAAGGGUGGGGUGUAAAUAAAAAUGUAUGUAUGUAUGUAUGUAAAUUGGGCUGGGACUGGACAGUGCUUCAGAUAGAAGCCUUCCUCAAAGAGAGGACUGUUCUCUGAUAGAGGACAGUCUUCUAUGUGAAGGCCUAUCAAGCAGACAGGGGCGCCAACCAGAAGGAGUUUCCGCCCCCUCAGUAUUUGUGUGUAGGGGGCUAAGUCCCCUCCCUCAAUAUUGAGAGGGCUGCCAUCCCCCGCAGCCUGCCACCGCCGGGUGAGCAUUUGUGUGCGCAGAAGGGUGCAUGACGUCAUUGUGUGUGAUGUCACACGUGCGUGUGAUGUCAUGUGGGGAGAAGGUCGGCACCCCUGCAAGCAGAACACAUGACCCCACCACAUGAACCUGCCCAAUAAUCAAGCUCUGCGAGGAGAGAAGAAGCAGGGCCUUCUGGAUUGUGGCACCUUCUCUCAGAAAUCAUCUGAAGGCAACCCUCUUCUCAGCUUUCAGAACAAAGAUAAUGUUAUAAUUUGAACGUUGACUUGUGAGCUGCUGAAGAAAGGGUAGAGAAAGCUUUACCCUGUCAGAUUUGUUAGCUGCCUCCUGAAUCUUUGUGAUGAGGAAUUGGGGAAACAACUAUUUUAAAUAGUAUAUAAUAAAAUAAAACUUGGGUUACUGACAUUUGUAUUGUGUACACUUGAUUCCCCGCAGGAUAUAAACACUGACCCCGGGCAGUACGAUCUUUUCCCUCCUCCUGUGCCCACUUUUCCAACCAAGUGAGUACACAGUCUUUGCUAAUCUCGUUUCUCCCUCCCGCUCCUCCCCCACCCUGUACAGAUUAUUUUUGCCUGCUUUAUUUUAAAGCCUUCAUUUUGCCUCAUUUCCAAGCGUCGGCAAAUCCCAUGGCUGAGGACAAAGGGCGAUUCGUGCCACCACCUCAGAUAGGCUCCUGCUGAUUUCAAUAAGCAGGCUUCAAUUAAAAAGGUGGUUUGUUUUCAUGAAAGGGCCUCGCUUUGAGAGCUGACCUCCAUUUGCACUGAGAGCAUGGGGCAUGGCGGGGGCGGGCGGGCUGUAUGCUUCUGAAGACCAGUUGCUUCCAAAGGAGGGAAGAGGGCUUGGGUCCUGCUUCUGGGCAUCUGAUUGGCCACUGUGAAAACAGGAUGCUGAACUACAUCAGGGGUCAGCAAACCUUUUCAGCAGGGGGCCGGUCCACUGUCCCUCAGACCUUGUGAGGGGCUGGACUAUAUUUUUUUUUGGGGGGGGGAAUGAAUGAAUUCCUAUGCCCCACAAAUAACCCAGAGAUGCAUUUUAAAUAAAAGGACACAUUCUACUCAUGUGAAGACACCAGGCAGGCCUCAUAAAUAACCCAGAGAUGCAUUUUAAAUAAAAGGACACAUUCUACUCAUGUGAAAACACCAGGCAGGCCCCACAAAUAACCCAGAGAUGCAUUUUAAAUAAAAGGACAUAUUCUACUCAUGUAAAAACAUGCUGAUUCCCAGACCAUCCACGGGCCGGAUUGAGAAGGCGAUUGGGCCGCAUCCGGCCCCCGGGCCUUAGUUUGCCUACCCAUGAACUAGAUUGACCUCUGGACUGGUCUGCUGGGAUCUUCUUAAGUUCUUGUGCAAAGAAUCAGUCACUAGUGCAUUAUUUUUAUUUGAAUUUAUUAGUUGCUUGUUAGUUGCUACACACACAAACAAAAUCUCCAAAUGACCAAGGCUGCGUACAUGCCGUGCAUUCAAAGCAACCCCUACCCCAGCAAAUCCUGGGAACUGUUGUUUGGGGAGGGUGCAAAGGCACAAUUAAAUAAGCAAAACACCUAAACCCACGGUCCAAUUAAAACAACACAAUUGAAAUAGGUGUGUUUCCUGCACAUUCUUUAAGCUUUGCAUAUUGUCUGCUAAGUUGCAUGCUGACUUUUGAUCAGAUACAUUUCUAAGCUAAAAGAAAAAUGGGACUGGGGACCAUUUCUGAAGUUGAGGACUUCUCAAAAGAACUUAAAACACAUUCUCUCUCCCCCCCCCCCCCCCAAAUGCAGGAAUUAUAUGUUUCGAUCUGCAGUUCAACGGCUUAACACUUUUGGUCCGGUAAGUAUUCUGCUGAUUGAGGACUUGUUAGGUUUGCAAAGAAGAAGAAAGUAAAUGCACACUUACAAAUAGAUGCUAAUAUGUAAGAUUCACACCUGCUAAUGAAGCAAGGAAGCCAAGGCAUUUCAUCAUGGACCUGAAUAUUCCCUGGAAAUUGUGAUUGGCUGUGAGUGCUGGGAAUUCUAGUUGUAAUCCCAACUCUCCCUCAGAAAGCUACACUUCUCACCCUUCCUUGGUUAGGAGCUGUGACGGUUAAACAGACUUGAAACUAGAUUAAAUUUAUAGUGUAAAUUUGGGAUGGUGCUGUGGGUUAAACCACAGAGCCUAGGGCUUGCCGAUCAGAAGGUCGGCGGUUCGAAUCCCUGCAAUGUGGUGAGCUCCCGUUCUUCGGUCCCUGCUCCUGCCAACCUAGCAGUUCGAAAGCACAUCAAAGUGCAAGUAGAUAAAUAGGUACCACUCCAGCAGGAAGGUAAACGGUGUUUCCUUGCGCUGCUCUGGUUCACUAGAAGCCCCUUAGUCAUGCUGGCCACACGAACCGGAAGCUGUACAUCGGCUCCCUCAGCCAGUAAAGUGAGAUGAGUGCCGCAACCCCAGAGUCAUCCACGACUGGACCUAAUGGUCAGGGGUCCCUUUACCUUUACCUAAACCUUUUGGGGGCUUGAGCCUUAUUGAGCCAGGGUCAACCCUCUGGAGGCUUCGUGCCAAAGUGGGCUAAAAUGUAAAAGGGAGUGUGGCCAAUUUAUUAUUAUUUUUAUUAUAAAAUAUACUUUUUGGGAUGAGGGCAUACACUGGAGACUUUCUGAAAUGAUUCCUAAGGCUGAAAUCCUGUACACUCUUACCUUGGAGUAAGUUCCAUUAAAUUUAAUAGAACUUCCUUUUGAGUAGACAGGGUUAGAAAUGCAGAAUUUCUGCACUGGAAAAAAACCCCCACACGUUGUUUAAUUAUUGUACUUCAAUCGCAUAAGGUGUGAAGGGGUGGGGGUGUUAUCCAACAUGGCAACUUGGUGCCCGCUUACAUCUGUUGAUGGCUCCAGGAACAGCUUUCUUCACUAAGGUAGCAGGGUACAGAAUCUCACCGUGGGCCUUGCAUGGAUGAAGUGUGACAUAAGGGGGAAAGGGAGUGGUGAGCUUGGGGACAUGAGUCAUGAUGAUUCACAUGCAUGCAUUCCUGGUGCCCUUUGAGUCACAAAUGAGCCAGCUCCCAUGUUAUCACUCUGCACCCAUAAAGAGAUGUUCCCAUGGGACUUGCAGGCAGCCUUCCUUGCACAAUGGAGGAUGGGUCUGUUGCAAAGAGGCUGCUGCUGCUGCUGCUGCCACGUUAGGAAUUUUGAGCCUGAGCAAAGUUUGCCAAGUGGUAGUAACUUCGCAUGCUGAGCACAUAACCACUUGGUAAGAGGACUACCCUUUCCUGUCUUGGUUUGGAAAUCCAGGCGAAAUAUUGAGAUUCUACUCACUGCUCGGCAAGACCAUACUGAUAACGUGGGUGGCGCUGUGGUCUAAACCACUGAUCCUCUUGGGCUUGCUGAUCAGAAGGUUGGCGGUUCAAAUUAUUAUGACCGGGUGAGCUCCCGUUGCUCUGUCCCAGCUCCUGCCAACCUAGCAGUUCGAAAGCACGCCAGUGCAAGUAGAUAAAUAAGUACCACUGCGGCGGGAAGGUAAAUGGCAUUUCCAUGCACUCUGGUUUCUGUCACGGUGUUCCAUUGCAGCAGAAGCGAUUUAGUCAUGCUGGCCACAUGACCCGGAAAGCUGUCUGCAGACAAAUGCCGGCUCCCCCGGCCUGAAAGCGAGAUGAGUGCUGCAACCCCAUAGUCGCCUUUGACUGGACUUAACUGUCCAGGGGUCCUUUACCUUACCUUUACUGAUGACCAGCUUUACCUAGUCAUUGAGAUGCAUGCUGUGAUAAUCAUGGCAAGGAGUUGUCUAUAGUCAACUCAUUUUUAGACUCUGUUAUGGGACAACCUGAACAUUCAAGGGAGAUGUGUGGUCAGAAACGAGCUUUUGAAAACCUAACCCAGAUGUCUGGGCAGCUAUGAGCAUGUGAAGAAUGCCUAACAGGAACCUAAAGUUUAUAGCACUAGAGUUCAAGAAACACUUUCCGCACAGUCGCUUGACCACAACUCAGCAUGUCUUUAAAUAGAGUUACGGCUGGCAUUGUUGGACUGAAUAUUGUUACUGCUUUGCUGCCUAUGCAGAAAUAAAAGUUUGGGCUCCUAGUAUUUAUACUAGGCCUCGUGAAGUCAGAGGCUUCAUACUGCCCGCCAAGAGCAAACACUGAUGUUCUACGCUCCUAUUCUCUUCUGCAUUGUAAAGUAAUUUGAGGACAGGGUGUCCCUCAUGUAGGCUAAUUUACUAAACCAGGCCCAAUCCCAGUUCAAGCAUUGCUCUCUUAAGGGCCUGCUCUCCUAAGGGCUGUCUGUUCCCUUAUAUUGCCAUACCCUCCAACAUUUCUCUGAUGAAAACAGGGACUUCCUAAAGAAAACUGGGACAUUCCAGGAACCUGUACAGCUUCUAUAAAUCCGGGGACUGUACCUGGAAAACAGGGACACUUGGAGGGUCUGUAUUUCUUCAGGGAAAGAUCUCCUUUCCUAUGGGCUCAGAUGCCCAGCUCGUUUCCACCAGAGGCUAUGCAUUCAGUAUCAUGAGCCCAAUGUUGUGGAACUCGCUCCCAGUUGAUAUUCGACAGACUCUCUCCAUGUAAAACUUUUCAAAGAACUUUCAGGCGGCAUAUUAAGGAAGUUUUCUGUUGUUACGAUUCAUUUUAAUUGAUCUUAUCCAUUGUGUGCGUUUAAAUUUUUGUGUGUGUACACUGCUUAGAAGCUUCAGAAAUUAAGAGGUUCAUAAAUAGCUUAAAUAAAUAAAACCAGACCAUCACAGAGUCCGUAUAUUGGGUAGCCUGUGCUGGCAAACACCAAAUACUUGUUACAUCCCCACAAAAUAAUGCUGGAAGAAUGCUGGAGAGGGAAGAACAAGAGAAUCCCUAUUAGAAGUUCUGGCCUUCAGAAGAACUUGUGCAUUCCACUUGCAAGGUCUGUACAGUCACACCUUUCCCAUUUGAUGGAUGUGUUGACUGUGAUUGUCCAGAUAUAGUCAGGAAGAACAAGCACACGUCCAUUAUUGAUGCAUCUGUGCCUUUGGUUAAUAAAAACCCAGAAUUCAGGAGCUGAGGCUGCGAGGAAGUAUCAAGAUCUUGUCAUCAAUAUUAAGCAAGUGUAUCAGCUGGAGAGCGUAUGAGUCACCCCAUCAUAAUCUUGAUAAAUGGCUUGAUCCCGAAAGCGUUGAAAAGGUAGCGUCGACCGUAUGAAACUCCCCAAAAGAUGAAUCAGUCAUGUCCUCGAAGCUGUCACUUGAACACCGGCAGAAAUAUCCAGAAGAUCUUGAACAUCGCCGAUGCCGGAGCCUAUGUGUGUUUUUCAUGCCUCCCCCACAAAACAUUCUUGCACCCGAAUGUAGAAUUUGUACCAAGGGGACAUCUAUGUCAUGUUCUGUGAGGCAGAUAUUAUUGUAUAAACCGCUUUGGAAAAGUACCGUUGGAAAAGUGGAGUGCAAAUAUUAAAUCAAAAGUAAACUCAACAUUCAAAUUAAUUGUAUCUUUAGGCACUUGUCCUUCUUCACACAAGCCUGGUUGUGGAAAAUGAUAGCUUUUUAAAGAAUUUGCAACGUAUUUUUUGUUUUAUUUUGUAAGGAUGAUUGAAGACAUGAAAGGAGAUAUGUGUUAUUUUGUUAUUGUGCUUAGCUCAUGGAGCACAAUUUGGGAACCCAUGUUCUAAAACAUAGGCACCAACCCUUUGGGGCUGAGGACGCCUCAGUCCCCCUGAAGUAUGUAGGGACAUGCCUGAGCCCCCACCCCCAAUCUUGGGGAACUGGGCCAGGGUGCCGGAGGGCCCUGCCAGGCCUUGCGGCCUUCUCCCAAUGCACGUGAUGUCACACGUGUGUGUUGCACAUGUGAUGUCACACACACAUGAUGAGCUCCCCCCCCCCAAUGUUGGGUGGAACUUGACACCUCUGUUCUAUAGGAAUCAUAGUUCAGAAGCAGAGCAUAUAGCUUACACGCAGAAGGUUGCUUGAUACAAUCUCUGGUAUCUCUGCUUUCCUCCACCCCAAAGAUACCAGAGGAUAUGGGAAACCUCUGCCUAAGACCAUAGAGUGCUGCUGCCAAAGGAGACCACACAGGCUAGAUGGAAAAAUAAUUUGACAUGCUACUACAGGCAGCUUUCUGUAUUCCAGCUUUCUCAAGGUCUCAUAUGCUAUGUUAGGGGUGUUUAUUUAGGGUUCAGGGCCUUCUCGGUAGUGGCACCUGCCCUGUGGAACGCCCUCCCACCAGAUGUCAAAUAGAACAACAACUACCAGACUUUUAGAAGACAUCUGAAGGCAGCCCUAUUUAGGGAAGCUUUUAAUGUUUAAUAGGUUAUUGUAUUUUAAUAUUCUGUUGGAAGCCGUCCAGAGUGGCUGGGGAAACCCAGCCACAUGCGCGGGGUAUUAUUAUUAUUAUUAAUAAUAAUUCCCCAGUGAUGGUGAACACAUCAUGUUCCUUGUGCACAUCUGUUUAAAUCGGGGUGAGGAAUCUGUGGACUUCCAGAGAUCAUUGGACUCCCAGUCCUAUCUGCCCCAGCCAGCAUGUGCAAUGGUCAGGGAUGUCGGAAAUUGUAGUUCAGCAACAUCAGGAGGUCCAUGGGUUGCCCAGCCCUGAUAAAAAUGCACACAUUGGAACAGAAAGGCACAAUGAAAUUGGCAUUUCACACACUCCAUCUACUACUUUGUUGUUGGCACUGGUCUGUCUCAAGACACUAUGGAGUGCAUGUCUGGGGAUGAAGUCAAAUCACUUUUCCCAGUGGUGAUGUAUGGAAGUGAGAGCUGGACCAUAAAGAAGGCUGAUUGCCGAAGAAUUGAUGCUUUUGAAUUAUGGUGCUGGAGGAGACUCUUGAGAGUCCCAUGGACUGCAAGUAGAUCAAACCUAUCCAUUCUUAAGGAAAUCAGCCCUGAGUGCUCACUGUAAGGACAGAUCCUGAAGCUGAGGCUCCAAUACUUUGGCCACCUCAUGAGAAGAGAAGACUCCCUGGAAAAGACCCUGAUGUUGGGAAAGAUGGAGGGCACAAGGAGAAGGGGACAACAGAGGAUGAGAUGGUUGGACAGAGUUCUCGAAGCUACCAGCAUGAGUUUGACCAAACUGUGGAAGGCAGUGGAAGACAGGAAUGCCUGGCGUGCUCUGGUCCAUGGGGUCACGAAGAGUCGGACACGACUAAACGACUAAACAACAACAAGCAGCACCAAAAUAACCUCCCCUGGAUGCAAGCCUGGGCAGUGUAUAUAGAGGUCCUGGGCUGCCCAGACGACAAGACCCGCCCCACUCUCGGCCUUGCUGAUGUGGUCGAAAAGGAAAGCAGAGCAAUACAUUUGGCACCAGGCGCCAUCUGAUCAUCCGGAUUUGUGUAGGGUUUACUCCUUAGCCGUUUCUUCUCCCUUGAUGUGCAGAACAGCUGGUUACGCAGCCUUCCAAAGAGGACUCCCUCUUCUGGUACAGAAACAAUCAUCGGAUCAUCACUAGUCCCUAUUUUUCUUUGGAAAUGUUUCAGCUGGUGGAACACACUGUGCUAUGAAGCCAGGGGGCAGGGAGAGCGUUACAGCUUCUUAACACCUAACGCAUUUAGUGAACAGAGGUGACAGUUUGUGGCUGUGAUUCAUGCCUGACUUACAUAGAGAAAAAGUGCCGUGCUCAAAUUAACCACCAAAUCUGUACAGUAUAAAAGGAGAACAGUCGACCUGUUGUCGAGCAAUCCAGACAGGCUGCGGAAAGGAGAUAGGCCGCAGUCAGAAGAAGGUCCAGAUUUACUGGCUUCCUCCGUUGUAACAGGUGAAACUUUUAAGGAGGCUGAUAAGAUAUAUUAGUGUUGACCAGGAAUGAGGAACCUCAGCCCUGGGGUCCAGAUGUGGCCCUCUAAUUCUCUCUAGUGAUCCUCAGGACUCUCCCUAGGCACACUGCCUCUUCCCUGGCAACACCUCCCACUGGCUCUGCUGCACGCUAUCUAUGAGUGUUUUUGCCUGGCUGGAAUGUGCCCAUGAGCUCUGAUAAUGCCACUUGCUUGUCUAGAUCAUAGAAUCAUAGAAUCAUAGAGUUGGAAUAGACCACAAGGGCCAUCGAGUCCAACCCCCUGCCAAGCAGGAAACACCAUCAGAGCACUCCUGACAUAUGGUUGUCAAGCCUCUGCUUAAAGACCUCCAAAGAAGGAGACUCCACCACACUCCUUGGCAGCAAAUUCCACUGUCGAACAGCUCUGUCGAACAGGUGGAAUCUUCUUUCUUGUAGUUUGGAUCCAUUGCUCCGUGUCUGCUUCUCUGGAGCAGCAGAAAACAACCUUUCUCCCUCCUCUAUAUGACAUCCUUUUAUAUAUUUGAACAUGGCUAUCAUAUCACCCCUUAACCUCCUCUUCUCCAGGCUAAACAUGCCCAGCUCCCUUAGCCGUUCCUCAUAAGGCAUCGUUUCCAGGCCUUUGACCAUUUUGGUUGCCCUCCUCUGGAAGGUAUGUGAGAUGAAGGUAUGUGAGUGUAGAAACACACAAUGGUACAGAAUUUCUCCUCCCACUUUUGCCUUGGGCCCUGCCCAGUGGCUGGCAUGUGGCCUUGAAGGGUUGUCCAGGAGGAGAUGCAGCAAAGUUUCCCCAAUCCUGGUCCACCCAGCAUGUUGCUCAGGGGUUGCAAAAUUCAGUUUUGGUUGGCACAGAAUGCGGGUGUGCUAAGUGCAGUGUAGUCACAAACCUGCUUCAGUUUCUGUUGAAGUCCAUGUCCAGCAAAACAGCCACUCAUGCCAAUUGCUUUAUAGCCUGAUGCUUUCAACAGGUUUGCCUGGGAAUGAGGUCAGAGGCAGACCAUAGGUUGUCGCCCCCUAUCCAGAGAGCAGAUGUUGGUCAGAAAGGUUGUUGGCAUGGAAUUAUAAAAAACAUUGAUGAUGAUGAGAGGCAGGACUAUGAUGUUGAAAGCACUUCGGAAUUCAGACCGUGGGAAGCCAAAACAAAAAUUAUUACAAUUUGGAAGACAAUUGGACUUUUUUCAUUUUAGUUUUUUAUUUUUAUUGGAUUUGAUUUGAUAUGUUAAUUGGAUGUUUUUAUUGGAAAAUUAAUAAACGCUUUAAAAAAAAAAGAAAGGUUGUUGGCAUCUGUCUAUCUUGGGAGGCAAUGAAGGAAUGAGCCCUUGGGGGUGAAGUCAAAGUGUUGGAAGUUUGCAGUGCCUGCUGUGGCUGUAGAGACUGACAUGGGAGAGACAUGUUUUGUUGCAACUGGGGCAGAUGAAGGCAUCUGGUUGUGCUGCUACAGGUACACCACAGCAUAGGCGUUCACCCAAGUUGAAAUGUAAUCGGUAAGGGUUCGUACAGUUUCAAAAAAUGGCAAAACCUGUUCAGUCAGAGACAACAGUGCAGUUGUGGGGGGUAUUUUUUUCAGCCCGAAGGAAGCGUUUCCUUCUGGGUGACCUCCCAGGAGCCAGCGGUGGGUGGGGCCAGAGGAAAAAGUGGGUGGAGCAACAGAGGUGACUUUUACCUUUAUACAGUAGGCUGGCUUCUACACAUGCUCACAUCCCUCUCUUCCAGGCCAGCAGUGUGCAUUAUAACAAUUCAAGGGCUCUCCUGGUCCUUGGAGAUCAUGGGGGGAGGGGAGCUGCCCUUUGCAGGAGGAGGAGACACCCCAGCUUCUUCACUAGCCUGACUCACCUCUGCCUCUUGGCCCUCCUCCUCUCCAGCGUCCGCUUCUGCCUCUGAUUCUGGACUGCUCUCUGCCACGGACUCUUCCUGCUCACUAAACCCUGUUGUCUCUUCAGCUUCCGACACCUCCUCCUCCCAAUCUUCUCCGUCUUCUCACUCAUCAUUGUUCCACUACCAAUCCCUGGACUCUGAGCCUUCAUCUCUUGGGGGUUCCCCAGCUGGUACCUCCCACCAUUCCUCUGCGUCCAGCCAGCCCAUGACAUUGUGUGUGUGUGUCUUGAUGUUGGCAAGGAUUCUCCCUGCCAAAUGAGCCUGGCAUUUUAUUUCAUCAGCUCUACAGCGCCAUCCGCAGAACUGAUUCAAUGUCUAUUUUCGCCCUCUUGUCUUUCGGAAAGUUACGCCUACGUGUCUUUUUUUCUUUUGAAGAAAUAAAGCGACCCAGCUCUGCUGUUUUUCUUUGGGCUUAAAGAACCUCUGCUCCUUCCAAAUACCGUGGCUAAUUUUCAGAUGCCAGCCAUGCCAAAUCCUUGAUCAAACACAGAGCAGGAUUUUGACUUAAAAGAGCACACUUCUCCUGUCUCCCUGAUCAGAUUAGCGCUUUUGAAGUCCUACAAUGGAGGAUCCUGGGGAAAGGGGAAAUCCUUGCGAGGGUUGAUCAGCAUUUCUUUUGUGAAAGCAGAGCAAAGGAUUGUGUGCAACUUGAAUUCUCUUGAGGUUGUGCUUUGGCUUUUAAAUAGAUGUUAACCUUUUAUUUGAAAAUCCUUGAGGAUCUCAUUAAUGUCCCGAUGCCAGGUGGCCUUCCGUGAUAGAAGAGACAUUUUGUGUAAACAACAGCUCCUUAAAUGAGUUAUUGAUACAGCUGCUGUCCAAUAUUUUGCAACAAAUGAGCUGUAACCGACAUCUUAACAUUUGCAGCAGCAAUCGCCAUGUGUGCUUUGCAGGUGAUAGGCUGGACUGUCUAUUAUUUGGGGGGCUGGGACAGGACAGGACAAGACAGGGCAGAGGACCUCCAUGAAGGGUCUUUUGAGGGACAUGUGUGCAAUGCACUUCAUUGUGCAUUGUUGCCAUAUGUGCAACAUUCACCCUGUUUUAUUACCCUGGUAAGUAAACAGACAGCCACAGUUUCCUGUUACAGGUGUAACAGGAAACUAUGGCUUAAAGUAGGGAUGGAGAUCUGGGGCUCUUCAGAUGUUUCUGGACCACAGCUUCCAUCAUCAAUGACCACUGGCCAUACUGUCUACAAGCCAACUAUGUCUGGAAGACCCCAGCUUCCCAUCCCCUUGUUUAAAGAGAUGAGGAUUUAAGUGCUGAAGCUCCCCACAGAGGGAAAGUCAAUGUAUGGAGCCCAGUGCUCACUCUCAACUUAUUUAGCUGUUAGUUCAAGCUUUCCAGACUUUUCAUAUUGGUGACACACUUUUUAGACAUGCAUCAUUCUGCGGCACAGUAAUUCAGUUUUACUAGCAAACCAGAGGUUGAACUAACCCCUUUCCGGUCCCAGGAGGAGCACAGGAAGCGUUCGUGUGACACACCUACACACUGCAGCCAACACACUAAUGUGUCAUGAUCCACAGUUUGGAAAUCUCUGUUAUUAAGUCAGUAAUGUUAUGCCCAAACUGCCCAAUGUAAGGGCCAGUUCAGAUGUAACAACAAUCUAUGGUUUAAUUGUUAUGAGCAUGAUGAACCAUCAGGGUUGCACAUUGCCUCCUCCACUCAGGUGGAGAGGUCAUUAAAGGAAUCCAGUUGUGGUUUGCCACAAACCACUGUUUACUGUUUAGUCUGAAUAUAGCAACCCUUGAUUUAUUGUUCUCAAACAAGGAUCUGAAACCAGGAUCAAGUCAUGGUUAUGACCAGACUGUUAAUGGUUUUUUAAUAUAAAGAAUAGGAAAGCAUAAAUGUAUCAAAACCGGAAAGAAGAAACCUUCGUCUAGUCCCAGAAGGAGGCCUGUCCACCUACCUGUUUCAGUUGCUAUGGAAUGACUCAUCUCUCAUCAUCAUCAUGCUUAACUUUUUCCAAGCGGCCAUCCGCUUUCCGUAUAUUAAGAUUUCUUUCCAUUAAAACCACGAAGCAAAUUUUUGCUUGGCAAAAUACCCAGGGAAUGGAAUUUUAGUGUCUGCAGCAAAAAAAUUUGCUAGGCUCCAGGCCUAGCAGAUUUUUUUGCCAAGUUCAGGGGUGAGAGGUAAGGCAUCUCAGCACGGGGGGGGGGGGGGGGAGACAAAGAGCCAGUGACCUGUUGGCUUGCCCUGUCUUGCUGUCUAGGUUCUAACUGCUUAUGGGCGACUUCAACACCGCUCUUCUCCCUUCCUUGCUUUUAAAGUGGACUUGAGCCAGACAACCCUUCAAAUAGCGAAAAUCCUCUGUAAAGUAGGACACUCUCAUCCUACACUCUAAAGUUACGCAUGCUGGCUUGUCCUCAGGGGAAUUGUAUUCCCAUGAAGUUGGAGGGCAUCAGAAUGGGGAAGUCUGGUCUACAGGCUGUCACAAAGCAUUUCCUUAAAAGUGGCUGUUCUUCUCAAGUGUUGUUUUUUUUUAAUGUCCCUACUAUGUUGUGUCCAGGUGCAUGGGUGCAGUCAGGAUUUAUUUUGGGUGGGCAGGCUUCAUGUAUUUUAUACUGUAUUUUAAUAUUUUAAUAUUUUGUUGAAAGCCGCCCAGAGUGGCUGGGGAAGCCCAGCCAGAUGGGCGGGGUAAUAAUAAUAAUAAUAAUAAUAAUAAUAAUAAUGUGGGGGAGAACCUCAGUUAGUUAAGUAUUUUUAUUGAUUUACUUGGUGGGGGAGGGGCAGCCCCCCCCAGCUAUGCCUAUGUCCACAUGAAAUUUUCAGAAAUCUGUACAAAGCCCUUAAACCUCUCUCUCCUCUGGACAAAAUAAAUUGCUACAGAAGAAAGGAUGGGGGGGGGGACAAAACAAAACACCAAAUACACACAAGAGAGGUUGCCAUUUCAAAUGUGUUAAAAAAGCAUCAUUUUUAUGCUCUAAGGAACAUGACAGAUGCUAACACAUGAACACGAGAGGCGGGGAAUAGACAGGCGUUAACUUAUCUACUGAACAUAAAUAGAUUUUAUUUUUCUUGGCUUUAUAACAAUAAUAUGAAAGUGUUGCUUGACGCGUUGGUGCCACUUGUGUCUGCGAGGGAUCGAAAAUAGAUGGACGGGCCUAAAGGGUUUUGUUGUGAAGCAAUGAGACAGCCCCGUGAUCUGUGUCAGUUGUUCAUAUAUUAAAAGGUUUGCUUGUUUCUCUUUCCAAGAUGAGGCUGAUAUCCCGUAAUUACUUCAGGGGCAUGUGAACCUGUCAGAAACCAUCAGCGUUGCUCAGAUCUUCUGGGGCAAAAAAUGAAAUGUUAUUUCUGGCUUUCUCAGAACACAAUGAAAGGACGGGAAUAGUUUGUUCUGUGCCAGUGGCUCGUAAACUGUGUUCGGAAGGUGAACCCUGGGGUUUUCCUAGGAUCUUAGCAAGGAUUCUCAAUGAGACAAUUACUAAUGGCGGACCUUGGAAGACAGCUUGCCCAAUAUUGCAAAUGUUCACCAGGUGUUACUAACCUCAAAAUUGGAUUGCUUAAAGAUGCUCUAUAUGGGGUCUCCCUUGGGCUUACUCCAGAAGCAAUGGUGGUACUUUCUCUAAUUUUAUGUUAUGUCAUGCUCCCCAUGGCAGCCAUUUUGUGCCAAGCCAUGCCCCCAUGGUAGCCAUUUUGUAACUGGCACCCUCUGCACCCUCUCAAAAUUCAAAAUGGGCCCCCAGUCCAAGAAGGUUGGUGACCCCUGGCUUCCAGACUGAAAUGUGACAAUAUCAUCAUCAUCAUCAUUAAAAUUUCUAUACUAUUCCUUAAGAGAGGACCUUUUCUGUGUUGGCUUCCCAAUUGUGAAAUGCUCUCCCCAGAGAGGCUCACUGGUGCCAUCAUUAUGUCUUUAGGUGCCAGGCAAAAACAUUCCCCUUACCCAGGCCUAUAGCUAUUAAAUAAUCUGUGGAAGUUAUUAUGAUGACUAUUUUAGUAUUAGGCUGUCUGUCAGUAAGCUUUUUAUUAUGUUUAAGCACUGAUGUUCUGUGAUGUGUUUUUAAUGUUAUACACUGCCCUGGGAUCUUUUGAUAAAGGGCAGUAUAUAAGUUGAAAUAAUAAUAAUAAUAAUAAUAAUAAUAAUAAUAAUAAUAAUAAACAAAUGGAGGAUCACAGGGCAGUUUACAAUAUAAAAGCACAAAAAUACAUAACAUUGUAAUGCACAAAAACAAUAUGGCCAGUUUUAAAGGUCAUAUAAUGUUUAUUUUUAUUUUAUUAAUUUUUAUUAGUUUUUAUUAAGUAUUACAAGAAAAUAAAAAGAAAAAAGAAAUAGAAACAGAAAUCAAUACAUAACACUGUAAACACAGUUAUCUAUGUAUUUUCCAAAAUGCAGACUAGAAAAGAAGAAAGACGAAAGAUAAAAGAAAAGAAAAAAGAGAAAAGAGAAAAAAUACUUUUCAUAAUCAAUAAUACUAAAUUCAUACUUCAAACAUUACAAUAUAUAAAUCCUAGUUAAAAUAUUAUAAAAGACUUCCACCACAUUCACCACACGUCUCUAAGUUAUCUAGUUCACCUUUACAUCUGUUCUUCAGUCACUUCCUUUCCUUAAGUUCUUUCAUAGUCCAUCAAAUCUUUGUGUUCUCGAUAUUCUUCACAAGGUUAGUCUAAGCACAGAAACAAUGGGAAUGCUUAAAUGAAUAUUUACACAAGCAGGGCUCAAACAGGAUAGUUUGGUUGUACUUAGGCCAUAUAAUGUUUAAUUAGCCAAAAGCCUGGGAGAUGGUGAAUAUUUUCUCCUGGCACCUAAAGAUAUGCAGUGAAGGCACCAGGCAAGUCUCCCUGGGGAGAGCAUUCCACAAACAGGGAGCCUCUGCAGAAAAGGCCCGUUCUCCUGUUGCCAUCUUCCAGACCUCUGGCAGAGAAAGCGCAUGAAGUAGGUUCUCAGGUGCUGAUCUCAGGAUCCAGGUCGGUUCAUAUGGGAAGAGGCGGUCCUUGAGGUAUUGUGGUCCAAUUAAUGGUAUUAAUGAUCCCGUCUAUGCAUAUGUGAACAUCUCUGAAAUAAACCAUAAGCAUUAUUAUGUUGUAGAAAGAAGGCCCAGGCCCGGGUACAUAUAACAUAAAAGAAGUCUUGCCUACGCCUAUUCGGUCAUGCUUCCUGUCCAAAGUACCACGGUUGCUGCCAUCCCAUUCUGUGAGUAUGAUUUUCUUUACUGACCAAGAAUUAAUUCAGUUAUAAAAUGCAAACUUCAGAAUACAAAAUGGAUUCAGCAUGUAAUCUCACAGCAUCUUAACACAAAUUGUUUUAAUAGCUUACCUUGUCGAAAUUACGGUGAAUAGAAAAAAUAUAUAUUCUAAAAUGAUAAUGACUUGCCAGACCUGUUUUGAUAUAAACAGAGGAUUUGCCAUGAAGAAAACCCCACCUUAAAAUAAUGAAUUUGCCCUUUUUAUCUCCUCCCUUAACAGAGUACAUUAUAUUUUCCAAUCAUUAUUGCCUCUUUCAUAUUCCAGCUUGAUUACAAUUAGUGCGCCAAUUGUGUUUAUGCUUGCACUCCAUCAUCAAAUCAAAAAUAAUAUUGCCAACCAAUAAUCAGAACAGGUCAUAUACAAACAAUUACACUUUUAAAAAGCAUAUCAGGAUAGAACAUAGACAUGUUGUCAAAACCUAAAUCGCUAAUUAGUAUAUACUUCUAUGCAACUUUGGAAUAAAAUGAGGUGUUACAUUUCUCUUUGCUUAAAGAAACCUUGAGUUCUGGCUUGUGAGUUGAAAAUAUGCUCAUCUAAAGAGUUAGAGCUUGGCGCCUUGUAUUAACCAUUUGUCUUUGCCAAGCUCAGAAGAAACAGCUUGAGACUUUUCAGCUAUAUAGCUGCAAAUAAAACGUUUUAAGUGUGUUUUAAGUGCAAUAUACAAGUUGACACUAGAUGGCGAUGGUGAGCCUUAUGGAAAAUUCAACGCAUUUUUUUUUUAAAAAAAAGCAUUUUCAGAACGGUUUUUAUAUGUGUGUAGAUUCCACCUCUAUUCUCUGAGCAGAAAUGAAAGUUGUAUCUGGACUGGAUAGGUGGGGAUUCAGGUGUCUCAGCUGCCCCAACACUUGUUUUGAGUCAGUUUACCAUUGCUUGUGCCUAUUAGGCAGGGAGAUCUGUUGUACCACAUUUUGUAUUACCUGGCUCAGAAAUUUGAAAUGUGAGAACUCAUAAAGCUCUCGCUCAACCAUGAGGCAAGCGUUACAUCCCUAAAAGUUUUUCUCUGCCUCAGAUUUUCACCUGAACCAGAGAAGAAUGUCAAAUUCUCACCCCGUUUGCUUCUGAACCCAUUUUCACUGCCCCCAUAUGUCCACUUACCUCUCUUGCUGUUCCAGGGAUAGCAGUGUUGGGAGGAAGGGGUGGAAAGUAUUUCUCUUUCUCUCCUCCUCCUCUUCUUCUGCUUUCUUUCUCUCCAACAUCAGGCAUGUUGCUACCACCGUUAGCCUGAUGCCAGGGGCCCUGGGAAAUGCAGUUUCCCCAGUGUUCCUCACAUUUGUAAGCAGUUGUGUGGGAGGGAAAGGAGAUAGUUUUGGAGGUAUGGGGGGGGUGAGCAGGUGAGCAGAUGAUAAAGACGAAGGAGGGAAUUUGCUCCUCCUAAGGAGGAGGGUGGGUGAAGGCUUAAGAGGACCCCUUUGCGCUCUUGGGUGAUUACUUGGGUUCAGAAUAAACUGAGCUAUUUUUCAAAGCGUGAGAGGGAAUAUUUCAGCAUGGUUCCUCCUCCCAGUCCUCUUCUCAGCCUAAUGUGAGGUAUCUAUCACUAGCUCAGAGAGGGGGAGAGAGAGAGAGAGAGAGAGAGAGAGAGAGAAACACACACACACACACACACACAGUGCACACAUAUUAUGAAGACAUGGGAUUUAAAAAUAGGUUAGCGGAGAAUGGGUUAAAAAUAAAAUACAGGCUUAAAAUGGUAACCAAAAACGUUAUCGCUUAGUUAACACGCUGUGCAUGCUGGCUCCAGUGUUUUACUUUAUAGAAGCCUACCUCGGUUUAAGGGACGCGGGUGGCGCUGUGGUCUAAACCAGAGAGCCUAGGACUUGCCAAUCAGAAGGUCGGCGGUUCGAAUCCCUGCGACAGGGUGAGAUCCCUUUGUUCGGUCCCUGGUCCUGCAAACCUAGCAGUUCAAAAGCACAUCAAAGUGCAAGUAGAUAAAUAGGUACCACUCCGGUGGGAAGGUAAAUGGCGUUUCUGUGCGCUGCUCUGCGCUGUUUUGGCUUAGUCAUGCUGGCCACACGACCUGGAAGCUGUCUGCGGACAAACGCCGGCUCCCUCAGACAAUAAAGUGAGAUGAGCGCCGCAACCCCAGAGUUGUCUGCGACUGGACCUAACGGUCAGGGCUCCCUUUACCUUUACCUUUUACCUUGGUCUAAUCUAAUAAUUGCCUUGUUUCUUACUCUUUCCAUACAGAAAGUUCCUGGCCCAGGGAGUUACUGGCCUACAAACCAGUCUCCAAAACAACCAAGAACCAUUGAGAGUCUGGGAAGGGAGCACACUAUCUUCUUCAGCAAUACUCCAGAGCUUUAGAAAACGAGUGGUGCAGUACACGAAAUUCAGGGGCACUGAUUCUGAAAGACCGCUCCUUCUUCUACCUCAUCCAUAUCCCAUUCCUCACCAGGACCAAUCGGCCCACUUUUAUUCCUUUGGCUUUCAGUGGGCCACAGUGCCAACACCAUGAUGCGAUUUUGUGCACUGGGUUCCCUGCCUCCAUUUCCUCCCUGGCCCUUUCCUCGCAUCCUAAGAUUCUUCAUUGUUCCUGCUGUUUGACGUGGCUCAGUCGUGUUCCUCCACCACUCAGUAUGCUUCUUUCUGUUAGCAAGGAAACUGAGCGAUGGGAAUAAAUCCUGACCCCAGAGUCCUUGUGAGCUGCUGGUUGGGCUGAAGCCAGGUUCCUCUGCUGGCUCGAGGGCACCAAUUCUCCUGCACUCCUCUCUGGAUUCGGUAGAGCUUAACCCGAACUAGAUACAAAGAGCGUUUGAUCAAGGACAGCCUCUGCUGAAUGCAAGAUCUGCAGUGGAAAGAAGAAGAAAAAAGAACACAGAUUGCUGAACGAUUUGAGGGGGCUCAGCCGUCACAGCCUUUCCCUGAGGUAGAAGGAAAAAAGACUCUGUUGCUGAUCUUUUUAUAUUCCACAGAUUUCUGUGUCCUCACCCCACCCCACCCCACGUAUUUCCAGUCAGUCAGAGCAUUGUCUACCACUCAGAAGCAUCCCCACCCCCAGUAAUGGUACUGAAUUCAGUGGAGCCACUCUGGAAUAAAUGGCUUUCGGAAA